AUGGUUUUUCAGACCGUACAUGGUCGCGUCACGCUGGGUGAAUUGUCCUUUUUGGCGGGUUCGUUUCGCAAAGUACGGAGUUUAUUGGAAGCAAUUCUAGGUCGUUUCAACAGCAUUUCACAAGGAGCAUUGCAUCUGAAAGAUUUAUUCGAAUUUUUCCAGAUUGAGCCUGCCAUUGUUUCACCAAGCCAACCCCGUCCUUUUCCCCUUUAUAUACAGGAAGGAUUUGUGUUUGAUAAUGUUGGUUUUAAAUAUCCCAACUCCGAAAAAUGGGCCAUACGGAAUCUUAGUUUUACUUUGAAAGCUGGAGAAAAACUUGCGUUAGUUGGUGAAAACGGAGCGGGCAAAACGACCUUAGUAAAGUUAUUCGGGCGUUUGUACGACCCCCAUGAAGGCCGCAUUCUGUUAGAUGGCUAUAACCUAAACGAGUACGAUCUGAAUGAUCUUCGUACCAACAUUGGCGUCAUUUUUCAAGAUUAUUUACGCUUUCAACUUUCGGCGGGCGAUAACAUUGCCGUGGGCGAUAUUCAGGAGCGAGAAAAUCGUCCAGCAUUGAUACGGGCCGCUAAACGCAGCCUGGCCCAUGAUGUAAUCGACGAAUUACCUCAACAAUACGACCAGCCUUUAGGCCUUCGUUUUGACGGUGGUAUGGAGCUUUCUGGCGGUCAAUGGCAAAAAGUAGCUUUGGCCCGUGCCUACCUUCGCGAAGCGAAUUUAUUGAUUCUGGACGAACCUACCUCGGCCCUUGAUGCUAGGGCAGAAUAUGAAGUUUUCCAACGUUUUGCUGAAUUAACCAGGGGCAAAACUGCUGUACUUAUUUCUCACCGCUUUAGUACGGUUCGGAUGGCCGAUCGGAUUUUAGUGUUGGAAGGAGGCAAAGAACUAGAAAUUGGUACCCAUGAACAAUUAUUAGCGCAAAAAGGUAAAUACGCAGAAUUAUUUGAGUUACAAGCAGAAGGGUACCGAUAA